AUGGACAUUACUCACGACAUUCACGUCAAAAACUCUUCGUGCCGGAAUCCUAAAUGCGAAUAUUACUGUUAUGUAAAUUCUUGUAUUUUUACAACUGAUUAUCUGUUACAGCAUCAUAUAAAAUUUCGACAUGCAAGGCACAGGAGACAACAUGCAGAAGGCUAUUUGCCAAGCAGUUUCGUGGCUGAAAAUGAUGAACCUGAAGAGGGACUUUGGGGACCUUGCAACAAUGGAUACGAUAGAUGCACUGGAGCUAAAAAGAGAUUCUUCUCAUGUAAUAUUCAACCAUGUCCAGGUGGUUCUGGGGACUUUCGUGCCGAGCAAUGCGCCGAGUUCAACUCAGUGCCAUACGAGGAUGUGUUUUAUGACUGGGUCCCAUACACCGGAGCGCCAAACAAAUGCGAGCUUAACUGCAUGCCGAAAGGCGAACGUUUCUUCUACAAACACAAGCUUGCAGUGGUUGACGGUACGCCGUGUGAAGUUGAAAAAAACGACGUUUGUGUUGGAGGGAAAUGCAUGCCAGUGGGAUGUGACAUGAUGCUGGGCAGCGAUGCUCGAGAAGACGCUUGCAGAGAAUGCGGCGGUGAUGGCUCUGAUUGCAACACCGUCAGCGGCUUCUUCGACACCGAUGACCUCCAAGUUGGAUAUAUUGAUAUUUUACUUAUACCCGAAGGCGCUACUAAUAUUGCUAUCAAGGAAAUUGCACCUUCCAAUAAUUAUCUAGCAAUUCGUAAUGCGUCUGGACAUUAUUAUCUAAACGGCAAUUGGAAAAUAGACUUCCCUAGAAGUCUUAAAUUUGCCAAUACGAUAUUUCAUUACGCGAGAGACGCGCAAGGUUUUUCAGCGCCGGACACAAUCACAGCCUUGGGACCAACUAGUGAAGCGAUUUAUGUCGUCUUGCUCUAUCAAGAUCGAAACGUUGGGGUUGAAUAUAAAUACAGUAUUCCUAAAAAAUUCUCUCCGCAAGCUGAUCCUGACAGUUACACGUGGACUGCGGGUGAAUUUUCCGAAUGUAGUGCGACAUGUGGUGGAGGGUAUAAAUCAAGACGAGUUAACUGUGUAAGACGGCGCAAUAAUGAGCCAGUUGACGAGAAUCUGUGCGACCCACAAUUAGAGCCCGAUGACACCCAGUCUUGCGGCGAUGAGGCAUGUCCACCCGAAUGGGUGGAAAGCAAAUGGACGCCUUGUAGUAAACAAUGCGGCGAAGGUGGUGAACGUACAAGAGAAAUCAAGUGUGAGCAGAUCAUCGUUGGUGGUAUACCGAGCAUCGUUGACGACUCGAUGUGCAUUGAGAAACUUGGACCGAAGAAAGAGACCACCCAGGAAUGCAAUCGCAAUGUUACAUGUCCUACGUUUCAUUUAGGACCUUGGAAACCAUGUGAUCAUUUGUGUGGAGAAGGAAAACAAACAAGAAAAGUAACUUGUUACAAAAAAAAUGACGAAGGUAAAAUAGAAGUAUUAGAUGAUUCAGCAUGUGAGGGUGAAGUCCCAGAAAAAGAAAAACCAUGUGAAUUAAGACCUUGCGCUGGGCUUGAUUGGGUCGUCUCUGAAUGGAGUGGAUGUGAAGAUAAAUGCGGACUCACUCAAGAAACAAGAACUGCUCAUUGUGCCACUCAAGACGGUACUAUUUAUCCAGAUGACAAGUGUGAGCCGGAUAAAAAACCAGAGUUAACACGCGACUGUGAGAACACCAAAGGUUGUGAAUAUCAAUGGUAUACAACUCAGUGGAGUGAGUGCUCGGCUAAAUGCGGUAAAGGUGUACAAACUCGUAAAGUUUUUUGCGCAACAUUUGAAAACGAUGUUACAUUGAAAAAAGUUGAAGACGAAAAAUGCAAACCUGAGAAACGUUAUAAUGAUACGAAAGAAUGUACAUCAGAAAUUGUUGAAUGCAAAGGCGAAUGGUUUGCUGGUCCUUGGAGUAAAUGUUCUAAACCAUGUGGAGGUGGUGACAUGACACGAAAAGUGAUAUGCUUAAAAGACGGUAUGAUUACUUCACCAGCUAAUUGCGAUGAAGACUCGAUAAUGUUUUCUUCUGAAGAAUGCAAUAAACAUCCUUGUGGUAAAGAUGAAGUAAUUCCUGUAGAGCCAGGAAAAGAUGAAAUUCCGACCGAUGAAGAAGAUGAUGAUGACGAUGAAUGUGAAGUAUAUGAGGAUGAAGACUUUGUAACGCUAGCUUCGAGUUUAAAAACAGAUGAAGGCGAAACCGGAGAGACAGAACUAUCAAGUUCUAUGUCGCCUUUCGAGUCAACUGGUUUUAGUAUGUCAACAUUAGAAGAUACAAUGAUGAGCGAUGGGAUGUAUAGCCGUGGAGAUAUGACACCAACAGAUUUUGAAAGUGGUUACACCAGCGGUGACGGAAGUGGUGACGAUGAAUUCACGCUAUUUACUAAUAUUUACACAGACACCUCGUCAAAUAGGGACUUUUCAACAAUAGAGGGAAGUGGAGCAACCACAGACGAGGAUACCACAGAUAUGGAAACUGAUUUAACCACAGGAGUUUCAGUUAGUGAAGAAUCGGAAGAAACUUCGGGCUCUACCGAUAUUUCUGAUGUUACUGAAGCAUCGAUGUCAACUGACUCAACAAGUUCGAAUAUCGCUAGUAGUACUGAUGAAUCUGCAGCGACCGAAUCUUCUGGCUCUACCGAUGGGUCAAGUACGGAAUCUUCGGGAUCAUCAGAAGCAUCUGAUGUUACAGAAGGAUCUACUGAGGCAUCUGGUGCAACGGAAGAAUCUUCUGAGUCUAGUUCUAGCAGUACAGAAUUCUUUGGUAGUACAGAAGCAUCUGCUUCGUCAGAGUCAACGAUAUUUGAAAGCACAAUUGAAUCCUCGUCAGAAGCAUCUACUGUAGAUUCAUCAGAUAUGUCUACAGAAUCAUCUGAUUUUACUACGACAGAGUCUGGUUCAUCCACAGUGGAUUCUUCAACUUCAUCAGACUCAAGCGCAAGUACUGAGUCAGAUAUGACGACAGUGUCAUCAGAAACAGAAUUAACCGAGUCAUCACAGUCUACUGAAUCUCAGCCGACAGAAACAACUGAACCGACGGAAACAACCGAGCCAACGGAAACAACUUCUUCUGAAGAAACACCAACAACUUCUUCUGAAGAAACACCAACAACUUCUUCUGAAGAAACACAAACAACUUCUUCUACAGACACAUCUGUAACUGAAACAACGGUAUCUUCAACUGAUACAUCUGACGUCAGUGAAACGUCACAGAGUUCUUCAGGAUCUGAGACUACGUCAGAAUUGCCAUUCACUAUUCUGCCUGUUGACGGAGAGAGCGAUUCUGAAGGCCUGCGUAAAGACCUUGAGUCAUCUUCAGAAUCUUCAGAACCGACAGAUGAUACAACUGGUGGUUCCGAAAGCUCAUCUGAAGUUAGUACGACUGAAGUAUCUGGUUCUACUGACUUAUCUACGACAGAAUCAUCAACAGAGUCUUCUGAAAUGACAGAGUCUGGCAGCACUGAUCAGUCAACAUCAGGUUCUAGUGAUACUACUGAGUCUGGAAUGACAACUGAAUCUGGAGCUACAACCGAAUCAGGAGCAUCAACUGAAUCUAGUGGUUCUACAGAAUCAGGAGCUACAACUGAAUCUGGUGGAACUACAGAAUCAGGAGUGUCAACUGAAUCUGAUGGUACUACAGAGUCAGGAGCUACAACUGAAUCAGGAGCUACUAGCGAGUCAGAAUCAUCCACAGAAUUAACUGGCAGCACAGAAUCAGUUGGCUCUACUGAGACUGAAACAGAAGCGUCGACAGUUUCUGGUGAAACAACAGAAUCUGGAGCUACUACUGAAAGCGGUAUGACAGAAGAAAGCACUGUGUCCGGCACUACUUCAACUGAUGAAGAAGAAACUGACAUGACUGGAAAAUCAGACAUAUUGGACUUGUUUACAACGAUAAGUCCAGUAGACGCAGCGAUAUCCAAAGAGCACAAACUCAGAAAAUGUAAAGUUAAGAGGAAGAAGAAGAAGUCCUGCAGAACUUCUGAGUUUAACUGCUGCUAUGACGGAAUUACGCCGGCUCAAGGACCGUUUGGAAAAGGCUGCCCAACUCCACAAACUUGUGCUGAGACCACUUUUGGUUGUUGUCCGGACGGGGUGUCAGUUGCCGCUGGGCCAAAGAACGAAGACUGUCCAUCAAUGCAUUGCAAUGAAAGUCUAUUUGGAUGCUGUCAAGACGGAGUCACUCCCGCCGAAGGCAACGACUUUGAAGGCUGCAAAAAGCCGUGCAACCAGACCGAAUUUGGAUGCUGUCCGGAUAAUGAAACUCCAGCGGAUGGCAAAAAUAAUUUGGGAUGUUGCAAUUCUACUGAAUUUGGCUGUUGUCCUGAUAGGAUCAAAUCUGCGACCGGACCGAAUGAAAAAGGCUGUGAAGAAGAAACGACAGAAGAAACUAGAGAGUUUGAAAGUACAACACCCUUCGAAGGAGACUGUGCCAAUGCCGCGCACGGAUGUUGUCCUGAUGGAAAAACUCCAGCGACUGGAGCCAACUUUGAAGGCUGCGGAGUUAUCAAUGCUGAAAAUUGUACUGCUUCUUACUUUGGAUGCUGCGCAGAUGGUGUCACUCCAGCACUGGGUGAACGAGGUGAAGGAUGUCAUUCGGCUUGCGAGUCGUCAACUCACGGCUGCUGUCCAGAUCGUCUUACUCCAGCUCACGGACCUGGUGGUGAAGGAUGUUGCUUAACGUCUCCUUAUGGAUGCUGUCCUGACAACAUUCUCCCAGCCAGAGGACCAGACUUUUAUGGAUGUGGGUGUGAGUACUCCCGUUUCCGCUGCUGUCCUGACAAUGUCACCGUAGCCCGUGGACACAACAACGAAGGAUGUGGGUGCCAAUACACACCCCACGGAUGUUGUCCCAAUAAAUUCACUCCCGCAACUGGACCCAACUUUGAAGGAUGUCCAUGCUACACCUAUCAAUUUGGUUGCUGUCCGGAUGGGGUUACUAUCGCCAAAGGGCCUCGAGGCCAUGGAUGCGGCUGCGAAAGCACUGAAUUCGGCUGCUGCUCAGACGACCGGACUCCGGCCAAAGGACCGAACUUCGCAGGAUGCACUUGCGAUACAUCUAAGUACGGCUGCUGCUCAGAUGGAGUCGAAGAAGCACAAGGAGAAAACUUUGAAGGCUGUCGCACUGUGCCGGUUGUUCCUGGAGCUGCUUGUUCUCUUUCCAGAGAUCGUGGUUCCUGUCGCGACUUUAGUGUCAAAUGGUUCUUUGACACUGAGUAUGGUGGAUGUUCACGCUUUUGGUACGGUGGCUGCGAGGGUAAUGACAAUCGUUUCAAAACCCAAGAGGAUUGUAAAAAUACUUGUGUAUCUCCUACAGGACGAGAUGUUUGUUACUUACCCAAAAGUACUGGCCCAUGUGAAGGGUACUACCCGAUGUGGUAUUACGACAGUGAAAGAAAACAAUGUGGACAAUUUAUUUAUGGCGGGUGUCUUGGUAAUAAUAAUAAAUUCAAAACUCACGAAGAAUGUGAACAACUUUGCGUAGUUCGAGAUGACAGUGAUCCAUGUGGGUUAGAUAAAGAAUCAGGACCAUGCGAAGGUAACUUUACACGGUGGUACUUCAACAAAGAUUCUCAAGCGUGCGAACAAUUCCGUUACGGUGGCUGCAAAUCUAAUACUAAUAAUUUCCCAACUGAAGUUGCUUGUCACCAGCAAUGUCUUCAACCAGGCCGCAGUAAAGUAACCCAAGAAGUAUGUACACUGGACAAAGAUCCCGGGCCUUGUCCGGGCUCUUUACUGCGUUGGUAUUACGAUGAAAAACGCCGGGCAUGUAGACAAUUUGUUUACGGUGGUUGUAAAGGCAACGGCAAUAAAUUCCGUACACGCGCGGACUGUGAGCAACGUUGUCCGAUUCGAGAUUCUUGCUCACUACCAAGAGCUGAAGGUAAUUGCACGGAAAAGUAUUCAAAGUGGUACUUUGAUCAUUCGGAAAAUAGAUGCAUGCCAUUCUAUUACACAGGAUGUGGUGGAAAUAAAAAUAAUUAUGACUCUAGAGAUGCAUGUGAGGUAGAUUGCCCUCCUAAGAUUGAGCAAGACCUUUGUCUUCUACCCGCACUUCUUGGCGAGUGCCAUAAUUACACUCAACGGUGGUAUUAUGACUCGUUUGAGCAACGAUGCCGACAAUUCUUUUACGGUGGCUGUGGAGGCAACGAGAAUAACUUUAAUACUGAAGAAGACUGUUCUAAUAGAUGUGUUGCUUCUGUAACUAAGCCACCAAAUAGACCACAAAGCUUUUCUCCAGCAAUGUGUUUCCUUCCCGAUGAGCAUGGACCUUGUAAGAACGAGCAAGUGAAAUGGUUCUAUGACAGCAGAGACGGCAUUUGUAAGCAAUUCCGUUACGGUGGGUGUGCAAGCAAUGGAAAUAAAUUUGAAUCACGCGAAGAGUGUGAAUACCGCUGCGGAGAAGUUCAAGACUUAUGUACAAUGCCGAAAGUUGUUGGACCAUGCAGUGGCUCGAUAAUUCAAUUUUACUACAACCACGAAACUGAUACUUGCGAAGAGUUUGAAUACAGCGAAUGCGGUGGUAACAAAAAUCGUUUCCCGGAUAAUGCAAGCUGUGAGAGUAAAUGUAAACGGAGACGACCACCACCGCCACCACCACCACCCGUACCAGAAUCACAGGCAUCAACAUCUAGACCAGACUCUGAUAUUCUUCCUAAUAGCCCUAUUUGCUUAGCUCCUGUUGAUGCCGGUCCAUGUAAUUCCGAAAUUACGGCUUACUAUUACGACCCUCAAACCCAGGCAUGUCAAGCUUUCAUUUACGGUGGAUGUGAAGGCAACGCCAAUAGAUUCCAGAGUGAAGAGCAGUGUGAAAGACUUUGCGGUCGUUUUCAGGGUCAAGACUCCUGCAACCUUCCAUCAGAUGCUGGACCGUGUAGAGGCAAUUUCAUAAAAUACUUUUACGAUCCAAAUGCUCGUGCUUGUCGUCAAUUUUAUUACAGUGGUUGUGACGGAAACGCAAACAGAUUUAGCACAGUUCUCGAGUGCGAAUCUGUUUGUUUACACCGCGAAGAACCAACGCCUGCUGGCAACAAUACUGGACUCUCUCACUUUGCUAUUUGCCGAGAGCCGGUGGAUGUUGGAACAUGUCCAACUGGUAAUUACAAAAGAUUUUAUUUCGACGAAGAACGUCGCACUUGCAUGGCAUUUGUUUAUACUGGUUGUGGUGGAAAUCGUAACAGAUUCAAGACUUUUGAGUCUUGUAUGCACACAUGCUACAGAGCGAGCAACGAAAUAGAAGACGUAGAUAAUAGAAAUGUGUCUAAAGACCCAUGCGUCGAGGCGAAGGACGAAUGCAAUACAGUUCAAUGUCCUUACGGCAAAGAAGCUUACGUUGACGAUCAAGAUUGUGAGCGCUGUCGAUGUGCUGAUCCUUGUAGAAGUGUUAAUUGUCCAGAGGGAUCUAGAUGUUCGAUAACUUUGGCAGCUUCGGCUGAUCAAGGAACAGAAUACAGAGCAGUUUGUCGAACAAUUACCAAGCCAGGUCGCUGUCCAACAGUAUCGUACAGUACAAGGUGUGAAAAAGAGUGUGAAACAGAUGCGGAAUGCCCUGGUGAACAUAAAUGUUGCGACAAUGGAUGCGGUACAUCGUGUUUAGAGCCUGCGUCUGAAGAACCUCUCGUAACACCACCGCCGACUUAUAAUCUGACAGCACCACCUUAUGGAGCUGAGCCAGCUGCUAUUCAACAACCGACAGAACCGCAUGUAAGCGGUGAAGAGGGUGGAUACGUCAGUAUGAAGUGUAUUGCUACAGGAAAUCCUACGCCCAUUAUCACGUGGAGAAAAGAUGCUACGGUGAUUAAUCCCGCAGAGAAGAGACGACGAAUAUUGCUAGAUGGAACAUUAGAAAUUAUAAACUUGUAUAGUUACGACAGAGGAACAUACAUUUGUUUCGCUGACAAUGGACUCGCGCCAUCCGUUAAGACUGAAUAUCAAUUAGAAGUCACAGAACCUCAUGAGCGUCAAGCGGCUAUUGUCGGUGAACCAAAUACUUAUGUAACAGUAACAAUGAACUCACCGACGACUCUUUAUUGCUAUGCAAUGGGCUGGCCACGUCCUUUUGUAACCUGGUGGCACGGAGAUCGCAUGCUUCCAUUAUCUUCUGAUCACUAUGAGCAAGAUUCUGAGUACACGUUAUUAAUUCGCUCUGUAACUCUAACAAAUCUCGGUGUCUAUACUUGUCAAGCUUACAACGGUAUCCAACGGCCUUCCUCAUGGUCUGUGACACUUCAAGCGAUAGGACCGGUCUAUAAUGUUAAGCCAGAAUAUCAGGAGUAUACUAAAUACCUUGUUGAGCCUCCUAAGCGGCCUAACAACACUGAUAACAGACCACAGUACCCAUACAGACCAUCACGAACCCAAGCUCCUCAUUAUAACCAAACUUACGUUCCUAUUCGUACUACUCGUCCUACUCCUAGGCCAUAUAUUCCUGCUGUAAUUCCUAUCACUGAACCUCCACCAGAACCAUCUCAAUUGAAAGUACCAGUUGUUGUCAAUGUAACAUCAUCAGGGAAUAAAUUCCCAGUAGGAAGUGAUUUCAGUAUUGCUUGUACUGUUGACGGUUAUCCAAUUCCUCAAGUACUCUGGUACAAAGAUAAUGAAAUACUCAGAACAGAUGGACGAAUUUCUAUUUCUGAAACAAACAGGCUUAUGAUUACGAACGCUGGUUACAAUGAUACUGGAAAAUAUCGUUGUGAAGCUAAUAACGGUUAUUCAAAUGAUUCAGCCGAAAUAGACAUUGCUGUUGAAGGCACACAUAUUGAUCCCGAGUGUCAGGAUAAUACAUUCUUCGCUCGAUGUGACUUGAUAGUAAUUGCUAAAUAUUGUCAGCAUAAGUAUUACGCUAAAUUCUGUUGUAGAUCAUGUACUGAAGCAGGACAACUGCCUCCGGCAAAUCUUUAUCUCAAAGAUUCAGCUCGAAGAAAAAAAAGAUCAUUUAGGAAUAUUUUCUAA